AUGUCUGGCAAACACUACUUUCCCUCGACAGCUGCUAAUACCCUGGUUCCAAGGGCACUGAGGGCUUUGGUUUCAGCCAACUCUCAUUUAGUACUUGACGAGGGAGAGCGUGCAGUAGCCGAUGGGUUUCACGACAACGCCAAAGUAGCCAUCAUUGGCGGAGGCGGUUCGGGACACGAACCAGCAUGGAGUGGUUAUGUCGGCGAGGGCCUCCUCUCAGCUGCGGCGUGCGGCGACAUCUUUGCGUCACCAAGUACAAAGCAAAUUCUUGCUGCUAUGCGGAUGGUACCCUCCAGCAAGGGUGUCAUCUUUCUCAUCACGAAUUACACCGGUGACCGGCUUCACUUUGGACUCGCCGCUGAAAAGGCCAAAGCUGAGGGAUUGGCUGACAACAUUGUCAUCUUGGCUGCUACUGACGAUGUUUCAAUCGGAAAAAGCAAGAACAGUCGCCUGGGGAGAAGAGGGAUGGCAGGCCACGUAUUCACAAUGAAAAUCCUCGGAGCAGCAGCUGCAUCGGGACUCUCUUUCACAGAGUGCGUCAACAUCGGAAGCGCAGUCAACGACCAUAUUGUUACCAUUGGCUCGGCUCUUGACCAUUGUCACGUACCUGGACGGCAACACCAAUAUCUCGCAGACGAUACUUGCGUGAUCGGAGCUGGCAUUCACAAUGAGCCGGGACAACAAACUAUAAACCCUGUCCCGUUAGUUGAAGAUCUCGUUAGCCGGUGUCUCGGUUUGCUCUUGGAUCAAUCUGACUCGGAGCGUGCAUUCGUUCAAUUUGGGCCCGAUGACCAAGUUGGACUGCUUGUGAACAACUACGGCGGCCUCUCUACUCUCGAGCUGGGCGCUCUAGCCCACGAAACUCAGAAACAGCUUGCAUCCCGCUGGAACAUCGAGCCCUGCAAAACAUAUAUUGGCACGUUUGAGGCCUCAUUGAAUGCCCCCGGGUUCUCAAUCUCCCUUUGUAACUUGAGCGCGGCAGCCAAGAAAUGUAACUCGAGUGUUGACGCGCUUCUCUCCAUGUUCAACCAGCCAACCACUGCCGUGUCUUGGCCAAAUACAUACCGCCCGCCACCAGGGGUGGGCGUACCCAAUUUCAGGGCCCACAAAGAGGCUGUAACCGACCAAAGCACCAAGGCUGGACAUGUAUACGCUGAUGCUGCAUCGUUAAAAAGAGCUGUGAAGAUGGCUUGUGAAGCGGCAAUUGCUGCAGAGCCGUAUCUAACCGAAUGGGAUAUGAUUAUGGGCGACGGAGACUGCGGUGAAGCUGUGAAAGGUCUUGCUGAUUCUGUGCUGCAAAAUAUUCAAACCUGCCCUCCGCAGAAUGGCGACGUUCUCAGCUUGCUCAGAGACGUUAUCAAAUGUGUUGACGAUAUGGGUGGAACGCUGGGUGCCAUUUUCGGCAUCCUCCUCUCUUCGUUUUCAACAUCUCUCAAAAGAAUUGCUUUCGAGGGCAAACUGGGCCAAAAUUCGCUCGAGUUUUAUGCCAAUGCUCUCAGCUCAGCUGUGCUCUCAUUGAAGUCACACACCGGAGCUAGGGAAGGUGACAGGACUGUCAUGGAUGUCUUGCUUCCUUUUGAGAAGGAGUUUACAGAAUCUAAAAGCUUAGGCUCUGCUGUGGAGGUUGCUGGCAGAAUGGCCGAACAGACAAGAUACUUGAAACCUAAGUUUGGAAGAGCAACUUACGUUGGCGAGGCACCUAACCAGGAGCUCCCUGAUCCCGGCGCGUGGGCAUUAUAUGAGAUACUCCGUGGCCUUUCCAGGGGCUUAGAAACUUAA